AUGGCCAUGAAACCUACUACAUCGUCUGCUAUGACCACUGACUCGGAGGACUGGGUUGACUGGGUGUACCGCUCCUACCCCGGCCGCACCCACCAGGAAAUCAUUGAUCUCUAUGUAUCCCAGUACGGUUCUGUCGAGGCUGCCCAACUUGCCAUUGAAGAAUUCCGCGCUAGUGUUCCAAAAACGGAGAAGCAGAUUGGUCGCUAUCCUACUCCUAAUGAGGACAUGUACGUUGUCGAUAUCAAUGAUGAAGUCAAAAUCGGCAUAUGGCGCGGAGAUCUGGCAGACAUGCAUCAAUACCAAUUCGCCUUCAUCAGCCCCGAUGGUCGACCGGUUCCAGUGCCUCGUGGUGUCCAUGUUUAUGGAGUAGAGCGUCCAGAUGGAGGUGGGACAGCAGACGAAUUGUUCUCGAUUGAAAGGGCCUCUGGCUUGAAGGCUAAAAUCCUGAGCGAAGUCUUCGUAGUACCUGAGGGUACAGUAUGUCGUGUUGAGGGACUGGAGAAAACCGUUCACUUUGCCCUUCCUAUACAUGACGACUUUGUCCUUGCCCCGUUGAGGAUCUUCAAUAAGGUGAUUGAUGCCCUCUUCUACUGA